GCCAAGAUGGCGGCGUGGUGACUUCAACACAGCACUCUAUUAGGGGGAGACCGUGAAUGUAAAUUCUCCCCAGUCUGAUAAUUCUAUGCAAGAGGUAAGUCACGUUUUGAAAUACUGUCAUCUUUUUUCAUAUUUGCAACGUGUACGAGUUCACUAUGUACAUUUCCUGGUGUAUAAGGUAUAUGUUUACGGUACCUGUUAGAUAUUGGGGGAUUCCUGUGAUGUGCUUUUGAUAUGUAUGAUGGCUGUGCAAGUGAGUUAGUUAGCAUGCUUGAAAUGUAAUGGUCGUAUUAGCCCCCGUUUAUACAGAUUUGUUGUUACAGAUUCAUGCUAUCGACAGCUAACUAGAUAGACCCACUGGCUGCUGGACAAAUUAGCUACGCGUGUGUGUGUGUGUGUGUGUGUGUGUGUGUGUGUGUGUGUGUGUGUGUGUGUGUGGUGGUGGGGGCUAAGUGAGGCACCAGAUGAGAAAUGAUAGGCUACCAGUGAGCUUUUACACCCGUAUCAAGCCUAGCUAGCUUGCUAGCCCCACUAGCUGCUGGACAAAUUAGCUACGCGAGUAAUGAUUCUCACUGCGCGGUAUGGCUGCUACAUAAAGGGAGCUAUCCUUUCUUAGGUGCACAUGCAUGUUUACAGAUCAAAUACUGAACUAAAGAGAACUGCCUAGGUAGAUUGGGUGGGGGGGGUGGGGUACAAAAAAUGUAGCCUGAGGAUAUAUGGUUUCUAGUUUACAUGGGGGGGUAUACAUGGCUGUGACUAUAAUCGAAGACAAUCCUCUUGGGAGCAACUGCACCGCAGCAACUGCACUGCCCUCAACCGCAAGGCUCUCCAGAGGGUAGUGCGGUCUGCACAAAGCAUCACCGGGGACAAACUACCUGCAGCACCCGAUGUCACGGGAAGGCCAAAAAGAGCAUCAAGGACAACAACCACCCGAGCCACUGCCUGUUCACCCCGCCACCAUCCAGAAGGUAGGUCAGUACAGGUGCAUCAAAGCUGGGACCGAGAGACUGAAGAACAGCUUCUAUCUCAAGGUCAUCAGAUUGUUAAACAGCCAUCACUAACAUAGAGAGGCUGCUGCCAACAUACAGACUCAAAUCACUGGCCACUUAAUAAAGGUAUCACUAGUCACUUUAAAUAAUGGCACUUUAAUAAUGUUUACAUAUCCUACAUUACUCAUCUCAUAUGAAUAUACUGUAUUUUAUACCUUGCAUCUAGCCUAUGCCGCACGGCCAUUGCACAUCCACAUAUUUAUAUGUACGUAUUCUCAUUCCAUCCCCGUACAUUGUGUGUGUAUAAGGUAGUCAUUGUGAAUUUGUUAGAUUACUGUUAGAUAUUACUGCAUUGUCGGAACUAGAAGCACAAGCAUUUCGCUACACUCGCAUUAACAUCUGCUGACCAUGUGUAUGUGACCAAUACAAUUUGAUUCGAUUUGAUUUAUUGGUCCAUGUAUGUCAAGGGAGAGCGAGAGAUUGACAAGAGACCGUGAUUGGGAUUUUGAGCGGCCAGUGUGAAUUGGGAGUAGGCAUCACACGGGAGAGGGGAAGAGAGGCGGAAGAGAGGGGGUCUGGUAGGUGGGUUAUGAAAGCAGUACAUCCUUUAGUGCAACAUGCACUAAAUGUCAGGUCAUAUCUGUGAAUAGCUUCACAGAUGAGACGUACUGCAAUGGGCCAUUUUCUCAUAGAUUUCUUAAACCAGCUGUAAGCAAUCAGUCUGAGUCUAUUACAUAAACAUGAAGGGAAAGGAACAUUUACACUAAAUAUUAUAAUUUGUUACAUGACAGGUCAUCAUUUAAUGACAUAAGGGUUCAAAACGGAUUAACUAUUUAUUAGUUCAUUAACAACUAUUAAACUUGUGGAAUUAGAAUCGCCAUUACAUGUAUGCUAUAUUUGGAAUUGCCAAGUAGCAUGUUUGUCACACCCUGAUCUGUUUCACCUGUCUUUGUGCUUGUCUCCACCCCCUUCCAGGUAAAACCCCAUCUUCCCCUGUGUAUCCCCUGUGUAUUUAGACCUGUGUUCUCUGUUUGUCUGUUGCCAGUUCGUUUUGUCUCGUCGAGCCUACCACCGUUUUUCCCGUACAGCGUUUUUCUCUCUAGUCCCUGUUUUCUAGUUUUCCCGCCUUUGACCCAUUUUGCCUGCCCUGCUGACCCUGGCUGCUGUUCUGUACCUUGUGACACUGCCCUGGAUUACUGACUUCUGCCUACCCUGACCCUGAGCCCGCCCGCCUGCCGUUCUGUACCUUUCGGACUCUGCUCUGGAUUACUGACCUCUGUCUGCCCUGUCGUUUUCCUGCCACCUGUUAUUGUAAUACAUUUUGUUACUUCGAACUGUCUCCAUCUGGGUCUUAUCCUGAGGUCUGAUAAUGUUUCUGAUAAUACUGUGUGAGAAAGUAGACUGAAUUUGGCCGCAUGUUUUCAUUGUCUUUAUCAAUCUUUUCAGUUAACCUCUAAAAGGCGACCCCGCUGUUGCAGAAGUGAAAGAAAGGACAGAGAAGAUGUGGGUGUCCCUGAGAACUUUGGGGUGUACAUGCGGAGCACAGACUACUACUGCACCCUGAUGAGUGCCCAGGCUAACCUGGCUGAGCUGUUCCCCCCAAAAGACACCCCCUCCCAUCAUGCUCUAGUUACCAUGGCAGCCCAUUCCAGUUGAACUGUCACCAGAGCCAAGGAUAAGGUAGGUAGGCGGCAGGCAGCUGGCAUAAAAAACAUGUCUACUCAGUCACAUGUGUUUGAACUAGCCUGGUUGCAUUGUAACCAAUGAAAAGAGUCCCAAAAGUGCAAACCCAGCCCAUCUGACCUGGCACUCCAGGUAGGAUCAAUCAAACAUAUUUGAAAGAAAAUACUAGUUCUAUUGGUUUUCUGUGGCGCUUGCUGUGAGACUCAAUAUCAUUACGCCCAUUUGAGAUGUGACUGUGAGCAUGGAUCUUUCACAUCCAUUUCCCUUACCAAUAGGCCAUUUGGCAGUGGGAUGGAAAUGGGCGAUUAAAAACAAAACAAAGGACUGCUAAUAAAGCAAAGCUGUAAACUGAGUUUACAUGAAUUUUACCCGACACAUUUGACAUCGGAUUCAAACUUGUGUUUUUGUCUUGGAUUUGACAAGCUGCUUCACAGUAGACAUGACAUAGCAUGUUCAGACUUGGGUCAAAUUCAUAGCAGUAUGUCAAAAAAAUGUCAAAUACUGCUUGAGCGUGAUUGUGUUGCCCGAUCCAAUUGAAUCAAAUAGAAUAGUCCCAACAUGGAAAACUCCAAGAUAUACCAAGCACACCUCAAUAACUUUUAUGAGUUUGUUGACAACUUGUUGUUGUUUAUGUCAUUGUUUUUUUAUGUUUGUUUUUGUUGUUCCGUCGUGUCAUUUCAAGUCAUAUCAUGUGAUAGAUAUGCUUUGAGCAAUAUGCCAUGAAACCCUUUUCCUCCCAACCCUGUCUCUCCCUAUUCAUCUUGUCCCAUAAAUACAUUUUUGACUCACUUGCUACAUGUGUUUGUUAUCCAAAGACUGAAUUAAUUGUCUGAUUGUCACAAAGGCCUUUUUAGUUAUUUUGGUGCGACAUCAAGUUCUCAGUCAAUUUUCUCUGUCGUCUUCCAAAAAGCUGCUCAACGCAAUUUCUCUCACCUUCUCAGAGCUGUUAAUUAACCACAGGAUGGAAUUAAAAUGAAAAGGUUUUAAUUAAACUGAGUCCCAUCAUGAUUCCUAUUAAGGAGUAAUCUGGCAAUUUAUGGAGGCGUCCGUUGGUACGUUUUACUACCCUCCGGUGGGAACAUGGAGUAACUGAAAAAUUGUGUCACCCUUGGUACAUCUCCAUAUUCAAAAGUGGUUUCCUCUCCUUGUGUCAUUCAAUGUGAUCUGAAGGAAUUGAGCAGCUGAAGGCCUAAUAGGGUUUAAAGGUGUAAUAUGUCGAAAUCGCUCCGCCAUUACCUGAUUGCUAAAAUUCGAUCAUGUUCGCCUGAUUUCAGUUUACGUGACGUCAGGCAAUAUAUAGUAUAUAGAGAAUCUUUGUACAAUCUAAACGGCUGUGAAAUAUGUUUUCAAUAACCAAAAAUAUUGCAUUGUCAGCUGUUUUUAAGCUGGUGUACAAAACUGAAAGUAAAAAGAGCAAAAGCAAAACUCCAGGACUGGAAGCAUAGAAUUAGCACACACAGAACGGUCAAGUAUUUUGCAUCAGUGUAGAUGAAGGGAAGAACAAUGAGAUCCUUCCACUGAGUAAUUUUUGCUCUUGACUAAGCACUGGGUAAAAAACAACUUGGUACAGUGCACUUAUUUGACAAGACAUAUGGUUUUAAUAAUCAACUGUUUAUGGAGGCAAAAAGCUAAUGUGACAGAAUAUAUUGAUUGCUUUUAAGAAUCCGUCAGUCACAGUAAUACAUUUGACUGACUGGAUAAAAAAAUUUAAAAAAUCUUAUAAGAUCAAUAUCAUGUAAUGAAUGUAGUUAUGAUCCCACAUCGAUUUAUGCAGGAACUUUCCAACCACACUGGGUACCCUGUGUCUAAGCUGCUGGGCAGGAAUUCCAUCUGGAGGGUCUACAACACUUUCCUGUCAGGUACUGGACUACCAUAUGUAGCUCACUACAUACACACUCUGACUCUGAUAUCAACACCAUGCCACAUGUAUGUAGUGUUUCCCCCGUGGGACUAGUUGCAUGUCCCCUUCUGAGGGUGGGGCGCAAGGUGACCAGAGAAUAGGGUCCCAAAUGGCACCCUAGCACUUUGUAGUGCAUUACUUUUAUGGAGGGUCCAUAGGGCUCUGGUCAAAAGUAGUGCACUAAAUAGAGAAUAGGGUGUCAUUUGAGACGCGUACAUACAUUACAUACAUAUACUUGGUUAACACCCAGCAAACUCACGUUUCCUGCACGCUGUCUGUGUAACUUCGUAACACUGGUGUCCGAAUGGGGAUCCCUCCUGCCUAGCUAGUGUCUAAAAUAUUUUGUAUUUUAUUGGUUUCUAUUGACAACGUUGGUGCCUGAAAGUCUGGAUAUUGCUUUUUGGACCUGUGUUCCCCAUCUGGGAAUAGGCAGUCUAGGUGAAACACUGCCAUGUGAUCAUCUGGGCCUUUGGGCUUAAUACUUCAAUAGCACAUUGAAUUGAGAAAUAUUCAUUAUGUAAGAUUAUGUAAGAGGUAGACUUGGCCAUAUUUGCAGUAAUACGCGUUCGCAAUAGUGCAAUGUGUACUUCCAACAUCUCUUAUUUUUAGAGAUGGCUAUAAAUGGAAAGACUUAUACAAACCAUAAAAUACAUGAUCCAUUCCAAAUAGCUCCCUAUUACCUUUUAUAUAGUAUACUACAUUUGACCAUGAGUCCAAUGGGCCGCGGGCAAAAUAUGCGUAACACAAAGGGAAUAUGGUGCCACUUGUGACGCAGCCACAGUAAUUACAUGGGUAUAGGCUUGGUCGUGACUCGUGUUAUGGAAGAUUACGCUUCAAACAGAAUGAUGCUAAUGGUUGUCAUUGUACCCGUUAGAGGAAUCACAACCUGACCACUCCGGGCUGGGCCACACAGGAAGUACUCAACACCAUACAGGAGGUAGCCUCAUUUGAGGUCGUGCUCAGUGUUGUCACACACAAGAGAAAGGACAAGGCCCUCGGGAGGUGAGAGGUUAGAGUUCAAACGUUGCCAGAGGUGCUAUGGGCUGUAAAAGAGUUGAGGUAAUGUUGCUUUAAGGUUGUGGCUGUGGGCUGAGAAUUUGAGUAGUGGAAUAUGCUGGGCCUUGUGAGUUGGUCUGAAUGUUAUGGUAAUAGAAGGUUGGAUUAUACCAACUGUUUGCUUGUAUGUCACCGUGAUUGUUUUUUAUAAUGUUGAUCCAAUGUUUGUUUAAUGUUUAGGGGUUCUGUUGAAAGCCAUCCGGAGGAAUUUCUCCAAGGCAAUGGAGCAGGUGCAAGUUCAUCAUGUAUUCAACGUAUGGAUCCACCCUCAUCACGCUCCAGGGUGCCCUAGACAUGUACAACAGUCUUCUUCUUACACUGUCUCCUCCUCCAGUCUCUUCCUUACACUGUCUGUCAGCUCUUUGAGUUCUACCAAGAGGAUGGUGGGUAAUGUAGUAUUUGUUGCAAUACCUCUAGAAAUGAUACAGUAUGUACAAGGCUAAUGUUUUAGCGCGAUAAACUGGACAGGUUGUUUUAGAUGUUCUUCUUGAUUUAAAUGACAACUAAAUGGUAUGUGAUAUGUGAAACGAGUAUUAAAGUGUUAUAGAAAUCUGCAUAACACGUGACUGUAUCUGUAAAGGGAAAUUCCAGGUGAACAAAAAAGAGAGCAAAGACAAUAAAACAUCUAUCUGGUUUAGUACAAGUUGCAACAGGGAGACAACCUCCAGCAUGGGAACAUAGAAAAAUGUAAUGAAAUGUUAUGACAUGGUCAUCACUAGGGCUGUGGAAGUCAUGACAUUUUGUCAGUUAGUGAUUGUCAAGCAAAUAACUGCCGGUCUCAUGGUAAUUGAGUUUUUUAAAUGAACAUAAACACAUUUAGCAUCUCCUGUCUUCCACGCACGGCCUACGAGCCACCGAUGCAGACCUUUGGAACUUAUGGAAAUUAUAAUAAAUCCAUGUGUAACGAUCGUCUGAUGAAGAAGGAGUGGACCAAGGUGCAGCGUGCUACGUGUUCAUGAUAUUUAUUCAACUCAGAACACUAAGACAAAAUAAAAAAAAUAGACCAACACGAAACAGUUCUGUCUGGUGCAGACACAAAGACAGAAAACAACUACCCACAAACACAGGUGGGAAAAGGAUACCUAAGUAUGGUUCUCAAUCAGAGACAACGAUAGACAGCUGUUUCUGAUUGAGAACCACACCCGGCCAAACACAUAGAAAUAGACAACAUAGAACAAAACAUAGAAUGCCCACUCCAACUCACGCCCUGACCAACCAAAAUAGAGACAAGGAUCUCUAAGGUCAGGGCGUGACACCAUGUAAUAUAGCCUACACCAUCACAAUAAAUCUACAUUUUUAUUUUAGACAGGUCUAAAGAAACAUGAUAUGAAGAAAAUGUCUAUUUCAGAAGAACAGAAUAGCAUACUGUGCAUUAUUAUCCUUAUGUUUGGCCCUGAUCUGGUUAUGCCAUAUGGCUGUGGGCUAUUCUCAAAAGUGACCACAAAUUAAUGUGAUUAUGCAUGUAAUGCUUUUAUUAUAAAGGUGCGUUUUUUAUGGUAAAAAUGAUCUUCCCCAAACUUGAAACUCACGUGCUGCGAAUGUAUGCCAGUUAGUGUCAUGUUUUGUCUUUGAUCAUCUUGUCUUGUCCCUGUGCUUCCCUCUGCUGGUCUUAUUAGGUUCUUUCCCUCUUUCUAUUCCUCUCUCUCCUCCUCCCUCUUUCCCUCUCCCGCUCUCUCUCUCUCUCGUUCCGUUCUUGCUCCCAGCUGUUUCUCAUUCUCCUAACGACCUCAUUUAGUCUUUCACACCUGUCCCCUAUUUUGCCCUCUGAUUAGAGUCCCUAUUUCUCCCUCUGUUUUCCGCUUCUGUCUUUGUCGGAUUCUUGUUUGAGGUUUGCUGCUCUGUGUCCUUGUUCCGCCCUGUCGUGUUUUUGCCUUUGUCAGAUGCUGCAUGUGAGCAGGUGUCUAUGUCAGCUACGGUCUGUGCCUUCCUGUAGCGACCUGCAGUCUGUGGUCGCGUCUCCAGUCGUUCCUCUCUACUGACGAGAGGUUUUCAGUUUCCUGUUUUGGAUUUACCUUUGAUAAUAUCCAGGAGAAUCAUUGUUUGUUUAAAACUGGAAUAAAGACUCUGUUUCUAUUACGUCGCUUUUGGGUCCUCCAUCAGCAUAACAGAAGAAUCCGACCAAGAAUGGACCCAGCGACUACGGAUUCUCUCAACACUGCCGUCAAGAUCCAGGGGGCAAUGCUCGGCAGACACGAGCAGGAAUUGUCUGCUGCUCGUCAUGCCGUUGAGACCCUGGCCGCUCAGGUCUCCGAUCUCUCAGGACAGUUUCAGAGUCUUCGUCUCGUACCACCAGCUACUUCCUGGUCUUCCGAGUCUCCGGAACCUAGGGUUAAUAAUCCACCAUGUUACUCUGGGCAGCCCACUGAGUGUCGCUCCUUUCUCACCCAGUGUGAUUUUGUGUUCUCUCUCCAGCCCAACACAUACUCUGGAGAGAGAGCUCGGAUCGCUUACGUCAUAUCACUCCUUACUGGUCGGGCUCGGGAGUGGGGCACAGCUAUCUGGGAGGCAAGGGCUGAGUGUUCUAACGUUUAUCAGAACUUUAAGGAGGAGAUGAUACGGGUCUUUGAUCGUUCAGUUUUUGGGAAGGAGGCUUCCAGGGGUCUGGCUUCCCUAUGUCAAGGUGAUCGAUCCAUAACGGAUUACUCUAUAGAGUUUCGUACUCUUGCUGCAUCCAGUGACUGGAACGAGCCGGCGUUGCUCGCUCGUUUUCUGGAGGGACUCCACGCUGAGGUUAAGGAUGAGAUCCUCUCCCGGGAGGUUCCUUCCAGCGUGGACUCUUUGAUUGCACUCGCCAUCCGCAUAGAACGACGGGUAGAUCUUCGUCACCGAGCUCGUGGAAGAGAGCUCGCGUUAACGGGGUUUCCCUUCUCCGCAUCUCAACCAUCUUCUCUCAUCGGCUCAGAGACUGAACCCAUGCAGCUGGGAGGUAUUCACAUCUCGACUAAGGAGAGGGAACGGAGAAUCACCAACCGCCUUUGCUUCUAUUGCGGUGCUGCUGGACAUUUUGUCAUGUCAUGUCCAGUUAAAGGCCAGAGCUCAUCAGUAAGCGGAGGGCUACUGGUGAGCGCUACUACUCAGGUCUCUCCAUCAAGAUCCUGUACUACCUUGUCGGUCCAUCUACGCUGGACCGGGUCGGCUGCUUCCUGCAGUGCCUUGAUAGACUCUGGGGCUGAGGGUUGUUUUAUGGACGAAGCAUGGGCUCGGAAACAUGACAUUCCUCUCAGAGAGUUAGGGAGGAUCACACCCAUGUUCGCCUUAGAUGGUAGUCCUCUCCCCAGUAUCAGAUGUGAGACACUACCUUUAACCCUCACAGUAUCUGGUAACCACAGUGAGACCAUUUCUUUUUUGAUUUUUCGUUCACCUGUUACAACUGUUGUUUUGGGUCAUCCCUGGUUAGUAUGUCAUAAUCCUUCUAUUAAUUGGUCUAGUAAUUCUAUCCUAUCCUGGAACGUUUCUUGUCAUGUGAAGUGUUUAAUGUCUGCUAUCCCUCCUGUUUCUUCUGUCCCCUCUACUCAGGAGGAACCUGGUGAUGUGACAGGAGUACCGGAGGAAUAUCAUGAUCUACGCACGGUCUUCAGUCGGUCCAGAGCCAACUCUCUUCCUCCUCACCGGUCGUAUGAUUGUUGCAUUGAUCUCCUUCCGGGGACCACUCCCCCUCGGGGUAGACUAUUCUCUCUGUCGGCUCCCGAACGUAAGGCUCUCGAGGAUUAUCUGUCUGCUGAAGGCAUUCAGAUGGAUCCCGCUAAGGUCCAGGCUGUCAGCGAUUGGCCCGUUCCUAAGUCACGUGUCGAGUUACAGCGCUUUCUCGGUUUCGCUAAUUUCUAUCGGCGUUUCAUUCGUAAUUUCGGUCAAGUGGCUGCCCCUCUCACAGCUCUGACUUCUGUCAAGUCUUGCUUUAAGUGGUCCGGUUCCGCCCAGGGAGCUUUUGAUCUCCUCAAGAAGCGUUUUACAUCCGCCCCUAUCCUUGUUACUCCUGACGUCACUAAACAAUUCAUUGUCGAGGUUGACGCUUCAGAGGUGGGCGUGGGAGCCAUUCUGUCCCAGCGCUUCCAGUCUGACGAUAAGGUCCAUCCUUGCGCUUACUUUUCUCAUCGCUUGUCGCCAUCGGAACGCAACUAUGAUAUGGGUAACCGCGAACUGCUCGCCAUCCGCUUAGCCUUAGGCGAAUGGCGACAGUGGUUGGAGGGGGCGACCGUUCCUUUUGUCGUUUGGACUGACCAUAAGAACCUUGAGUACAUCCGUUCUGCCAAACGACUUAAUGCACGUCAAGCUCGUUGGGCAUUGUUUUUCGCUCGUUUCGAGUUCGAGAUUUCCUAUCGUCCGGGAAAUAAGAACACCAAGCCUGAUGCUUUAUCCCGUCUCUUUAGUUCUCCUGUGGUUUCUACCGAACCCGAGGGGAUUCUCCCUGAAGGGCGUGUUGUCGGGUUGACUGUCUGGGGAAUUGAGAGACAGGUAAAGCAAGCACUCACUCACACUGCGUCGCCACGCGCUUGUCCUAGUAACCUUCUGUUCGUUCCUGUCUCUACUCGUCUGGCUGUUCUUCAGUGGACUCAUUCUGCCAAGUUAGCUGGCCACCCCGGCGUUCGGGGUACGCUUGCUUCUAUUCGCCAGCGGUUUUGGUGGCCUACUCAGGAGCGGGACACGCGCCGUUUCGUGGCUGCUUGUUCGGACUGCGCGCAGACUAAGUCAGGUAACUCUCCUCCUGCCGGUCGUCUCAGACCGCUUCCCAUUCCUUCUCGUUCAUGGUCUCACAUCGCCUUAGACUUUAUUACCGGUCUGCCUUCGUCUGCGGGGAGGACUGUGAGAUCCGCCAAUAAACGUAGGAUUAAGAGUCCUAGGUAUUGUCGCGGUCAGAGAGUGUGGCUUUCCACUCGUAACCUUUCCCUUACGACAGCUUCUCGCAAGUUGACGCCGCGGUUCAUUGGUCCGUUCCGUGUCUCUCAGGUCGUUAAUCCUGUCGCUGUGCGACUGCUUCUUCCGCGACAUCUUCGUCGCGUCCACCCUGUCUUCCAUGUCUCUUGUGUCAAGCCUUUUCUUCGCGCCCCCGUUCGUCUUCCCUCCCCCCCUCCCGUCCUUGUCGAGGGCGCACCUAUUUACAAGGAACGGAGGAUCAUGGACAUGCGUUCUCGGGGACGUGGUCACCAGUACUUAGUGGAUUGGGCGGGUUCCGGUCCUGAGGAGAGGAGUUGGGUUCCAUCUCGGGAUGUGCUGGACCGUUCGUUGAUUGAUGAUUUCCUUCGUUGCCGCCAGGGUUCCUCCUCGAGUGCGCCAGGAGGCGCUUGGUGAGUGGGGGGGUACUGUCAUGUUUUGUCUUUGAUCAUCUUGUCUUGUCCCUGUGCUUCCCUCUGCUGGUCUUAUUAGGUUCUUUCCCUCUUUCUAUUCCUCUCUCUCCUCCUCCCUCUUUCCCUCUCGUUCCGUUCUUGCUCCCAGCUGUUUCUCAUUCUCCUAACGACCUCAUUUAGUCUUUCACACCUGUCCCCUAUCUUGCCCUCUGAUUAGAGUCCCUAUUUCUCCCUCUGUUUUCCGCUUCUGUCUUUGUCGGAUUCUUGUUUGAGGUUUGCUGCUCUGUGUCCUUGUUCCGCCCUGUCGUGUUUUUGCCUUAGCCUGUUUGGGGUGCAAGCCCGACCUCGGACCGAAAAUGACACCCCUGCAGAGCGCGAAAUUCAAAAUCUAUUUUUUAAAAAUAUUUAACUUUUACACAUUAACAAGUCCAAUACAGCAUUUGAAAGAUAAACAUCUUGUCAAUCCAGCCAACAUGUCCGAUUUUUUAAAUGUUUUACAGAGAAAACACCACAUAUAUUUAUGUUAGCUCACCACCAAAUACAAAAGUGGACAGACACGUAUGAAUUAUGAUUAUGAAGUAUGAAUUAUGAUUGAAGUAGCAUGCACAACCAACCGAAAUAAACUAAAACCAACCUAAAGAGCCCAGAAAAAACGACCUCAGAUGACAGUCAUAUAACAUGUUACACAAUAAAUCUAUGUUUUGUUCAUAAAAAGUGCAUAUUUUAGCUAUAAAUCUGUUUUACAUUGAUGCUACCCAAAAAUGCUAAUACAUAGCUACAGUCUGAAUCCAGCCGGGAGUAGCCAGAGAAAAUACAUACACCAACGUCGGCUACUAAUUACACCUCAUAAAACAUUUCAGAAAAACAUAUGGUGGAUAACUAAUGAAAGACAGAUAUCUUGUGAAUACAGACAACAUUUCCGAUUUUUGAAGUGUUUUACAGCGAAAACACAAUAUAUCGUUAUAUUAGCUAACAUCAUAAGCUAGCAUAAGGCAGCAUUGAUUCUAGUCAAGCGCUAGCCUAGCAUAGUUAGCAGAGUUAGCAUUCAACAGUUCGACAUAUAUAUGAAAAAGCAUCCCAAAUUGGGUCUUAUCUUUCUUGGUACUCCAUCAGAAUGUUGUAACGGGGUCCAAUGUCCAGUAGAGUCUUUAGUUGGGUUCCAGAACGAAUGAUUUCCCUCUUUGGUUAGCUAGCACGGUAGCAUUGCUGCGCCAGAAAGCGUUUCUUCAAAAAAUUCUUCCGUCGUUUCACAUCUAAAGUCCAGAAUAAAUUGCAAUAAUAUAAUUAAAGUAUAUUGAAAAAACCUACUUUAGGAUGAUUUUGUGACAUGUAGCAAAUAAUAUCGUAGUCAGGCAUCAUAUUCAACGUUAUCUACCUUGUUCCAGAAGCCGAGAUCAAAUUAUCCUUCGCGCCCGGAUUUUUAUUUUAACUGCGCAGGUCUCACAAGAAGUUCUGUUAUUCAGUCCAGGGACGAGAUAUUCGACUCCUUUCAAUUCUCACUUCCGCAUUACAGUCUGACGAACGCCUCUGACGUGUUAAUAUGGUCCCAAGUCAAAUGGCCUUUUAUAGAGAAGGUCUUAAAGAGACACAUCGCAUUUUGGGAAACUCAAUUCGGCUGGGAAAAUGGCUGUAAAAAUAUUUCUGUUCGACUUAGAGAAACAAUUCAAACCUUUUUAGAAACUACAGACUGUUAUCUAUCCAACAGUAGUAAAUAUAUGCAUAUUGGAAAAUAAAAAGUUUCUUAGGAGGCCGUUUGAAAAUGUGCACACAUUUUCCAGUUUUUUCAAUAUUCAGCGUGCAGCCCAAACAGGUUAGACACCUGCUCACACGCAGCAUCUGACAAUGUCAGCUACGGUCUGUGCCUUCCUGUAGCGACCUGCAGUCUGUGGUCGCGUCUCCAGUCGUUCCUCUCUACUGACGAGAGGUUUUCAGUUUCCUGUUUUGGAUUUACCUUUGAUAAUAUCCAGGAGAAUCAUUGUUUGUUUAAAACUGGAAUAAAGACUCUGUUUCUAUUACGUCGCUUUUGGGUCCUCC